AUGGACAGCCGAAUCAGAUCUUCUCCUCCCCAGGGCUCCCGGCCUCUGCGGGUGGGGAGAUGCAAUGUCCAGACUUCCGCUGAACGGUUCGGCCCAGGCGCCCCUGCCUUCAUCGGUGAGCGUGAGCGGGUAACCAUCGAAACUUCCUAUUCCGACGAGAAUAUCUGGCCAAACCCAGAAAUCGACGAUGAAGCUCUCCCCGCAUCGACGAAUCGUACCAUUCCCUAUACGCACAAGUUUCGAAACAACCUGACAGCCCUGUCCAGCGCCCAUAAUCUCUACUUCGUCGCGUAUUCGCACCGCAUAUUCGUCUACAAGCCCACCCAUGGCACGCGGUCCAGACUCGACUGCCACCCCGACCUCCAGCUCCAGGCGAAGAAGACGGAAAGGGCCCAGGUGGUGGGCGGUACUAUAGACCUGCGCCAUCGGGGCCAAUCCAUCAAUCACAUCAUAUGCGGCUUCCUGGGGGACAGGGAGAUUGUUCUGGCCUGCAGCGACAACGGCGACGUCUUUGCCUUCUACACCGACGACAUCGCUGACUCCGUCUUCCGUGAGCCCCGACCGCCGAAGCAGGAUAUCCUGCCACGCCGGAACACGAACGAUGCCGACAGGAAGCAGAAGAAGUCGACGACGACGAACCCGGAACCGUUCUUCCAUUCCAACGUCAAGAAGUCGGCGUGGGGGCUCGCCAUCCACCGGGCCUCCCGAGUCAUAGCCGUGAGCUCUAACCGGGCCGAGGUGACGGUCUUUGCCUUUUCCCUGUCUACCGGCCCAGCCCCGGCUGCCGCCGACGACGAUGAGGAAGGGGGAGCGGACAGGGGAUCUGUAGAGGCGUGGGUGCGCCACCGCAGGUGCAACUGGAAGAUCAUCAUCUCGCUCCCACCUAUGGCGAGUAAUGUUCCCAAUAUCUGCUUUCUCGACAAUGAAAAAGGCGACGCCGAAAAGAUCUGCGCAGUCGAUAUCAACGGCAAUACCUGGGUUGCCGACAUCUGGACGCCGUUUCAACCCAUCGAGUGCAUACCCAUCUCGAGGUUGGCCGAGUUUCACAGUGAAGAGCUUCGUGCCGCACCCCCUAGAGGAUGGGGCAUCCUUGCACUGCUCGAGAGCCACUUCAUGGAGGUUGACACGUUGGAGGAGCUUCUGGGGGCCCCGAUACAGUGUUGGGAGAUCCCCCCAGCACAACGUCGAGAUACAUUUGCGUCACCACCGCCGCCACCACCACCACAAGCACCGCAACCACAACCGGUGCACAAUCCGCACCCGACGACAGCACAGACGCCACAUCAUGACCUGCUCGGCUACCUGCAAGCGCACGCGCAGCUGCCGCACAUCUCGCACCAUCACGGGCCGCCACAGCAACAGCCGCAGCAGAUUCACCACCACGGGGCAACAUCACCGCCUCCGACGCAUGUGCCGUGGCACACGAUGCAGGGCGGGCAGGACCAGGACCCGCACUACACGACCUCGCAGACGGCACCGACCAACGCUCAGCACUGGCUGGCGACGAACCCCAACCCGUUCCAGCAGUCAUUCACAGCGCUCGGCCACGCGAUAGGGGAGUUUGAGACGGCCAUAGACCAGAUCAUGCAUCACUCCGGCAGCGCGCCGGCCUGGGUGCACUUGCCGGGCUCAGACCUGCCGGCUCCCCAUGACGCCCCGAACACGGCCCACGGACAGCGGCUCCGGCGGGCGGGGGCAGCGGAGAGCGCGGGGCAGCAGCGCCUGCCCGGGCCGAGCGACGGCGGCGACAUGGUGUACCGGCCACGGCAAGGCUGGGUGGAUCCGGAUCCGGAUGCGGGGUUCCGCCUGCCGAGGGAAGACGCGAGGGCCAGGCCGCUGCCGACCAGCGUACCGGACAUGAGACGCGGCUGGCGGCAGGCGGCGGGACCGCAGCACGGCGGCGAGGAUGCGGCGGACCCGGUGGCGGCCACGGACAGGCUGGAGCCGGGGUACAGCCUGCUGCGGACGUACGAGAAGGAGCUCGAGCUGUUCUGGCUGCCGGACGAGGCCGAGGGCGGACACAAGUCCAGGGACGAGGACAUGGGCGUCAUCUGCCCCGACCUGCUGUGGCUGCCUAGCCGGGGAAACAUGGCGCUGGCUCCUCACUUCGAGGCGACGAGCAGGAUGAACAUGGUGGUGCACAUCCCCGAGCUGAGCGCCGUGGUCCUGGGGUCCCCCACGGGCCACGUGGCUCUCGCGACCCUGACGCGGCUGUCGCCGGGCGGUCGAUCCCGUCCGAGUCCGCCGCCUCGGCAGCGGAGGCAGCAGCAGAGGCAGAGGCAGCAUGGGAAGGAGAGGCUGGCGGAUACGGAUGCGACGCACCCGCCGUGGAACCGGGGCCUCCGCAUCGACUGCAUCCUGCCACGGCGGUCGGACGAGGUCCACAGGCCCCGUAAGGAGGCGAGGCCCCUGUACGGGCUGGCCGUGGGGCCUGCACCGCUGGCGGAUGACGGGCGCGUCGGCGGCGGUGUCGGCAUCAUCGUGCCGAAGAGGUUCAGGCUCGUGCUUCACUACCAGAAUCAUCUGAUCCUCACGUACGAGGUUACGAGGGAUGAGCAGACGGGGAAGCUGACGAUCUUCUAG